UUGAUGUGCAUCCCCCCGGAGUCUCCGAACAUUUCUAUGCUGUGUCAAGUUGUGAAGUGGUGAUCCUUAGAGGCGGGACUGAGCAUGGAUCAUUCGAACGAGAACACUCAGGGGACAGAACAUUCAGAAAUGUCUAACAAUGUAAGCGAUCCAAAAGGUCCGCCAGCCAAAAUAGCCCGCCUUGAGCAGAAUGGAAGUCCUCUAGGAAGAGGAAGAGCAGGAAGCACAGGAGCAAAAAUGCAAGGGAUACCUCUUAGACAUUCCGCUCAUAUGAUGAGAAGCACUAUCCGAAAAGGAAAUAUGCUUCCAGUUUUUUGCGUUGUGGAACAUUAUGAAAAUUUCAUUGAGUAUGACUGCAAAGAGGAGCAUGCAGAGUUUGUGUUGGUUAGGAAGGACAUGCUUUUUAACCAGUUGAUUGAAAUGGCUCUACUGUCCCUUGGAUAUUCUCACAGCGCAGCUGCCCAAGCCAAAGGGCUGAUCCAAGUUGGUAAAUGGAAUCCAGUUCCACUUUCCUGUGUUACAGAUGCUCCUGAUGCCACUGUAGCAGAUAUGCUACAAGAUGUGUUUCAUGUGGUCACACUGAAAAUACAACUACAUAGUUGCCCCAAACUUGAAGACUUGCCUCCUGAGCAAUGGUCCCACAUAACAGUACGUAACGCUCUGAAGGACCUGCUGAAAGAUAUGAAUCAGAGUUCACUGGCUAAGGAGUGCCCUCUGUCCCAGAGUAUGAUUUCUUCCAUUGUGAACAGCACUUACUAUGCAAAUGUCUCUGCAGCAAAAUGUCAAGAAUUUGGAAGGUGGUAUAAACAUUUCAAGAAGACAAGAGAUAUGAUGGUUGACAUGGAAGAUACAAAUUAUGAACAAAAUACAAAUCACGUGAACUUUGGUCAGCAACCCGUUCCUGGUAAUACCCCUGAAAAGCCUUCAUCCCCUGUACAGCUCUCUCUGAGCAGUCAGCCACCUGUCCGGACACCGCUUCCUAAUUUGCAUCCAGGACUUGUAUCUGCUCCUAUCAGCCCUCAGUUAGUUAAUCAGCAGCUGGUGAUGGCUCAGUUACUGAACCAGCAAUACGCAGUGAACAGACUUUUAGCCCAGCAGUCCUUAAACCAACAGUACUUGAACCAUCCUCCUCCAGUCAGUCGAUCAAUAAACAAGCCUUUGGAGCAACAAGUCUCGCCCAACACAGAGGUGUCUUCAGAUAUCUACCAGUGGGUACGUGACGAACUGAAACGGGCAGGAAUCUCGCAGGCAGUAUUUGCACGUGUGGCUUUCAACCGAACUCAGGGCUUGCUCUCCGAAAUAUUAAGAAAGGAAGAAGAUCCUAAAACGGCUUCGCAGUCCCUACUGGUAAAUCUUCGAGCGAUGCAGAAUUUCUUGCAGUUGCCAGAGGCUGAGAGAGACAGAAUUUACCAGGAUGAAAGAGAAAGAAGCCUCAAUGCUGCAUCCACCAUGGGCCCAGCUCCUCUAAUCAGCACACCCCCAGCCCGUCCUCCACAGGUCAAGGCAGCGACCAUUGCAACAGAAAGAAACGGAAGCCUGGAAAACUGCAGCAUGAAUAUUAAUGCUUCCAUUUAUGAUGAGAUCCAGCAGGAAAUGAAAAGAGCUAAAGUAUCCCAAGCUCUAUUUGCAAAGGUUGCAGCUUCCAAAAGCCAGGGCUGGUUGUGUGAAUUACUGAGGUGGAAAGAAGAUCCAUCGCCAGAAAACAGGACUCUUUGGGAGAACCUCUCCAUGAUUCGCAGGUUUCUGAGUCUUCCCCAAACAGAAAGAGAUGUAAUUUAUGAACAAGAGAGCAAUGCAGUUCAUCAGCAUAGCGAUCGGCCAUCCCAUAUGAUCCAUGUGUCCACAGAGCAGAUUCAGCAGCAGCAACAACAACAGCAGCAGCAGCAACAACAACAGCAGCAGCAGCCACAACCACAGCAGCAGCCUCCACCACCUCAGCCACCAGGCCCUAGACUUCCACCCAGACAGCCCACCGUGGCAUCUCCAGCGGAAUCGGAGGAAGAAAACCGCCAACAGUCCCGUCCCAGAACAAAAAUCUCAUUGGAGGCCCUAGGAAUCUUACAGAGCUUCAUUCAAGAUGUCGGUCUGUAUCCAGACGAAGAAGCCAUCCAAACUUUGUCGGCUCAGCUCGACCUGCCCAAAUAUACAAUUAUCAAGUUUUUCCAGAAUCAGCGUUACUAUUUGAAACACCAUGGAAAGCUGAAAGACAAUUCUGGUUUAGAGGUAGAUGUUGCUGAUUAUGAAGACGAGGAAAUGAUCAAGGAUAUGGACGGGGAAACCCUGGAAAAAAGUACUAGUACACUGUUUUCUGUUAAGCUUGAAGAUAAUUUAACUGGAGAAAGAAACACAGACAUCACUGCAGAGCUGAAUGACUUGUCAUAAAGUAUUAUUAUUUUAUCCCAAUGUUCUACUGGCAUUAUUAAUUCCAAUUCCAUCCGAUAUACUGUCCGUACCACAUUAUUGUACAUUGUGCAGCCAAUAAAUAGUGGAAGAGAAAAAGAACUUGCACAAAAAAAAGACAAAGGAUAUGAUGCAGACAAUAUUUAAAUGUUUUAUUGUAUCUAUAAACUUUUCUUAGCUCCAGAAGAGACAAUGGACAAGUCGAUGUUCACUGGAUAAACCACAACAUACUUGACGAGCAUGAUGCUUAGUGCAGGCAGAUUGAAAGCUGGAGCCUUGAAAGAAGCAUAGAAACCUUCAAUGGUUUUUUCUUUUCUGUUUUCCUGUUCCUGUACACACACUUGAUCUUCAGAGAGUCACGCUUAUAUAUAAAUAGGAGAGUAUGUUACUCUUGCACAGUCAUAGGGUACAGAAGAGCUCUGUGCUGUUGGAUGCAGUUUAAAUUGAUAACGCCAACAAAUGCCUUGUGUUAUAUGGCACUGCCGUAAAUUAAGACUUUUUUGUUUUCUUUUUUAGAAAUAAAGGUCACUGUAGUUUUAUUUAAAUUUUUUUUCAUUUUCUUUACAUUUUUUUUUCUUGCUUACAGAAAGAAUAAUAUGUGAUUGUUUGGUCCCAUUAUCUGUAGAUUCUGCAUCCUCAUGUUGUAAUUAUUUUUGGGGGGACUGUUUUUAUUUUUAUUUUCGUUGUAAUAUUGCUUACCUUUUGUUAUCAUACUGAUUUUUGUUUUCUAUUUAUAUAUGUAUUUUGAUGGGCAGUAAAACAAAGUGUCUUAAAAGUUUUAAAUAGAGAAAAAUGUGCUUUACAGAGUUGCCUAUAAAAAGUGCUCUAUGUUAUUCAAGCAAUUCAUACUAUAAGCUUCACUCUUAUUGUGGUAUGCAAUUUUUACUAUCAUGCAAACAAGCUUAGGUAAAUAAAACAAUAGAUCACCUUAGAAACUUAUGCAAUUAAUGUGAAAAGAAAUAAUUGAUGUGUGCAAUGUGUCUUCCCUUGGUUUACAAUCAAUUUUCAAGCUACAUCUGUACAAAGUUUCUGUAUAAAGGUGUAUUUCUUUUUUUAUUGAGUUUAUGCCUAUGAAAACACCAGUUAUUUUGUUACGGCUGGCUGUUUUUAUAAAUGUAUCACAGUUUUUCUUUAUGCAAAGAUGUUCUGACUAGAAGUGGUUAUUGACUGUAACUACACAAUUAAAAAAAUGUUUGUAUGGUAA